AUUGCAGAUAUAUUGAAGGUGAGUUAUGACGAAGAAAAUGAAUACUACGUCAGAGAUACUUUUCAUUUCGCAACAACAGUAAACAACUUCACAAUUCCUGCUGACUAUACAUUAAUCUCGCUUGACGUAGUAAAUCUAUUUGGUAAUAUAGACAAACAUGAUGUUAUCAAGGUCAUAAAAGAAAAAUGGAAUAAAAUAAAAAAUCAUACACAGAUUAAUAUGGAGCUCUUCCUGGAAAUUGUAUCGUUUUUGUUGGAAAACAACUAUUGUACUUAUAAGGGAGAAUUUUUCAAGCAGAUAUUCGGAUGCGCGAUGGGUUCUAAACUUAGCCCAAUUUUAGCACAGUAUGUUAUGGAUCACCUAAUUGAAUCAUGUGUGAAAAAAAUACCAUUCAAAAUAUUAUUACUGAAGAAAUUUGUGGACGACUUAUUCAUGGCUAUACCGAAAAAUGAAAUAGCGAAUAUAUUAAAAUAUUUCAACUCUCACUCGAAAAAUUUGCAAUUUACCAUAGAGAAAGAGGAUAGUGAACAAUGUGUACCCUUCUUAGAUACAAGGGUACACAGAGAUGAUACGACUAUUAAGUUGAAAUGGUACAGAAAAGAAACUCAUUCUAACAAAAUGCUACAUUAUUAUUCAAACCACAACAUAAAUACAAAAAUAAAUGUAAUAAAACAGAUGAAAACUAGAGUCGAGAGAAUUUGUCAUGAAUCAUACAUCAGAGAAGGAAUAAACAAUCUUAUGGAAAUUUUCAAACAGAAUGGUUAUCCAAGAGGUUUAUUAACAAAAUUGUUGUUUUCAAGUAACAUAACAGACCAACAACAGACAAGAAAUACUGAAACAACAGAGGAAAUCCAUUAUGCAUCAUAUCCAAAUAUAAAUGGUUUAACUGGAAAACUGAAAAGAAUAUUUCAAGGUGAAAACGUCAAAAUUGCAGUACACAAUCAAAAGACCGUGAAAAACUUAUAUUCAAGACUGAAGGACCCGAUCGAAACGGCCGUCAAAAGCAAUGUGGUUUAUGAGGUGAAGUGUGAAAAUUGUGAACAAACUUAUAUAGGACAGACAUCACAGUGGAUUAAAAGGAGAAUGGCAUUACACAAAUCGGAUAUCACUAAACAUCCAGAACGAUGCGCACUAGCAUCCCACGCAUUUAAUCUUGACCAUAGGGUAAACUUUGAAGACGUGAAAGUACUGAAAACAGAAAAAAAUUAUCGAAAAAGAUUGGUUUUAGAAAUGAUUGAAAUCAAUAAAAAAGAGAAUACAAUUAAUAAGAAAACGGAUACAAAUAAGUUAAGUUCCAUUUAUCGUUAUUUGUUGGAAAAAUCGAAAGAAAGGGAAAACGAAAUAUUCUUCGAUGGUCCAGUCGACGAAUAACACCAUAGAAUGGCAGACUGUCAAACUAACAAAUUGAACGGAUUUUGGAAUUUUAUACCUUGACAGAUAUCAACAAUCGGAUUAGUUUUUAAAUUUUUCUAACAUUGUGUUUCAUAAGUGUUUUUAUAAAUAGUAGUUGCAUUCAAAAAAUUGUAACUCAAUGAUGAUUACUGAAAAUGUUUAUAGCUAGGCAGAUUUCUUUAACAUAACCUCAAAUUCAAGGCCCCGAAGAAGAAUUAAAUUGAAUUCGAAAGCUUGGCGAAGAAUGAAGA